AUGUCGGGUUUUCUUGGAUCCCGCAUCUCUCUCAUUUCAAAAAGCGAUAUCCGCUACGUCGGUACCCUACACGAGAUCAACUCGGAAGAGUCCACAGUCUCGCUCGAAAAUGUUCGAUCUUUUGGCACAGAGGGACGCAAAGGGAGACCUCAGGAAGAGAUUGCUCCCUCUGACCAGGUCUAUGAAUAUAUCGUAUUCCGCGGCAGCGAUGUAAAGGACCUUCGCAUCGAGGAGCACCCUGGCAUCAAGGAAAACAAGCCCCCUGCCGUACCCGACGAUCCUGCUAUCCUAGGUGCUCGCCCUCGCCUCCCACAAGGCAGCAACCAGAAUGUGCCCCCCCAGCGCCCCCCUCAAGGACCACAGGGACAGCAGUUCCCUCCUAACGCCAACUUCCAGGGCGGUCCUCCUGGCCAAUGGGGUCGUGGCGGCCCAGGCCCGAUGCCUGGCCCUGCAUUUGGCAAUAUGCCAUACCCAUACCCUCCUCCCUCGGGCUGGUUCCCUGGCCAAGGCUUCCCUCCUGGUCCUGGUGGUCCUGGUGCACCUGGUCCUUGGCAAAACCAACCUUUCCCUCCGGGUGGUCCCCAAGCCGGCCCUGGACCUCAAGGCCUACCUCAAGGCGGCCCGGGGCUUCAAGGCCCCCCUCAGCCUGCGAAGCCCGAGUCGAAGCCUGUCGAGGCGCCUGCUGGCCCAGAUGCACAGACAGCCCCUACGCCUCCAGUCGAGUCCAAGCCGUCCACCGCCGCCGUCAAAGCCGCCGCCUCCAAUCUCGGCCCCAACGGAGCUUCUGUCCCUUACCAACGAACUAACAAGGUCAACCCUGUUAUUCCCUUGACAGGAGCCAGCGCCAAGCCUUUUUCUCUACCCAAUGCAGAGCAACGUUCCCCUCAGCCCCCAUCUGGGCCGGCCGCGGCGCCAACUAGUGUCCAAGACGCCACCAGCGCUGCCAGAGCUGCUGUUGCCAACGCCAUGGCCCAGCUUGGCAAUGGCGGCGGCAACGCCAUGGACAACCUGACCAACAAGGUCAACGAGAUGAAAGUCAAUGCUGGGCGUCCACCCACCGCUCCUCGUGGUCGUGGCCGCGGCGGCAGAGUCGCCACUGCGACACCCAAAGUGGAAGUCCCCGAUUCGGACUUCGACUUUGCCGAAGCAAACAAAAAGUUCAAUAAGGACGAGGGCAAGCAGCCUGGUGAAGAAGUUGACGGCGCCGAGGUCGAGGAAGCCGACGGCAACGAAGCUACUGGUCCCGCUGUAUACAACAAGUCCACCUCUUUCUUCGACAACAUCUCGAGCGAGGCUAAGGACAGAGCCGCCAACAAUGGCCAGAAGCCCGGAGGCCGCGAGUGGCGUGGCGAGGAGCAACGCAAGAACAUGGAGACCUUUGGGCAAGGUAGUGUUGACGGAGGCCAUCGCAACUAUCGCGGUCGCGGUCGUGGACGUGCUGGUGGCAGAGGCCGUGGUGGUCGCGGCCGCGGAGGCCGGCCUCAGUAUCAGGCAACCGGCGAACUAUAG